UCACAUUCUGCAUCCAAAUCUGGGUUAUGUUACUUACAUGGGGGUGUGUUCACCGUGAAAAUUCAGUGCGGUGGGCGCUUGUCACUUCUCUCUAUUGAAGAAGAAAGUAUCGCAAAUAGCAUGGCUGUUGGGCCUGUGGAAUUACCUUGUGUGUUGUACUAAAGAACACAUCAGUGUGGUUCAUCUUUUGAAAAGUGAGCUCAGGUCAUUAUUCGGUGUAGUGGAAAGAGUUUGGAAAUUGGAUUUAUAGGACUGAGUCCCACUUGGGGAAAUGUUAUUACAACCUCCCUGAGAGAUGUAAAAUGGAGCUCAUAAUUAGGUGCUCACAAAAUUGCUGUAGAACAGAGUCACCAUCCUCCCAGAACUCAGGAUGGACAAUGGGCAAAACUACAGUGAAGUGAUGCUUCAGCAGUAUCUCAAGUGGCAAAGAAUUAAAAACUGCCUUUUUGAAGUGAGCGUAUGCGCCAGAACCACGUAUCCCAUUAAGGCCAUAUAGGAAGGCUAUCCUUGCAGUUAAUUUAAGACAUUGAGAUGAUGCUUAAAUUGCAUCUUAAGAUUAGUUUAGAAAAACUGGUGUCAGGAAACAAGUGGCAAAACACCAAGUACCCCAGGAGGAAUGUGGUAGUACUGAGUAUUAUGGGACUUGUAGUUUCGGACGCCGCGGGGCAUUCUGCCUCAUCUGCACCCCAAUCCUUUGGGACUGGCGAGAAAAAGGUGAGUACCUGGGCAGUGAGCUCAGGACCUGCGGGCUGGCGGAGCGGCUUCCUCGACGGAGCAUCAUCCGCACACUCUUCCCGCACCAGGCAGUCGGGCUGCGAGGCGGGCGCGCGGUGAUGGCGUCACCUUCCGGUGCCGCCGUCUUGGUUUCCCUGGCGACCGGCGUGAGCUCAGCGCCGAGGCGAAGGAGAUGCUGGCGAGGCGGCAGCGCGAUCCCCUCCAGUCCCUGCAGCGUCGCAAUCAGGAGCUGAAGCAGCAGGUUGCUGAUUUGCUUUCUGAGGGUCGAUUGAAAGGAGCUCUAGAAGCCAGUAAAAGGCGAGAUAUUUACCAAAGAUGUAUCCAAUUAAAACAGGCAAUAGAUGAAAAUAAAAACGCUCUUCAAAAAUUAAGCAAAGCUGAUGAACCUGCCCCUGUUGGGAGUUACAAUCAGAAGAAAGAGGAGGAACACAAUCUUUUGGAUAAGCUUACCCGCCAACUGCAGGAACUUGCUGUGUCCAUAAGUAGAGAAAAUGUCACUGAAACUGGGGCGCUUACUGAAGGAGAGGACGAUGACAGUUCUGCUGAAGAAGAUGAAGAAGAAGAAGAAGAAGAAGAAGAAGAAGAAGAAGAAGAAGAAGAAGAUGAAGAGGCCACAAGUGGAGAAUACAUUGCUGUUGGAGAUUUUACGGCUCAGCAAGUCGGAGACCUCACAUUUAAGAAAGGGGAGGUUCUCCUUAUAAUUGAAAAAAACCCUGAUGGUUGGUGGAUGGCUAAGAAUGCCAAAGGAAACAAAGGUCUUAUUCCAAGAACGUACUUGGAGCCCUAUAAUAAAGAAGAAGGCCAGGAGUCUAGUGAAGAAGGCAGUGAAGAAGAUGUAGAGGUAGGGGAUGAAACGGCAGAAGGAGCAGAAGUUAAACAAAGAACCGAUUCUCAUUGGAGUGCUGUCCGAAAAGCCAUCUCAGAGAUAAACACCGUCGACGUAUUGACCACGAUGGGAGCUAUUCCUACGGGGUUCAGGCCUUCCACCCUCUUCCAGCUUCUGGAGGAAGGGAAUCAAUUUCGAGCAAGUUACUUCUUACAACCAGAGCUCACUACUUCACAACUGGCCUUCAGAGAUCUAAUGUGGGAUGCUAAAACGGGCUCUAUUAGGUCAAGACCAAGUCGGGUUUCCUUGACUCUGACCCUCUGGAGCUGUAAGAUGAUCCCUCUUCCAGGAGUGAGCGUCCAGGUUCUGAGCAGACACGUGCGCUUCUGUCUGUUUGACGGCAAUAAGGUUCUGAGCAACAUUCAUACCGUCAGGGCCACAUGGCAACCUAAGAAACCCAAAACAUGGACCUUUUCUCCCCAGGUUACUGGCAUCUUGCCCUGCUUGCUUGAUGGUGACUGUUUCAUCAGGUCCAAUUCUUCUUCUCCAGAUCUUGGAAUAUUAUUUGAACUUGGAAUUUCUUAUAUUCGCAAUUCAACUGGUGAGAGAGGAGAAUUAAGUUGUGGCUGGGUGUUUCUUAAACUUUUUGAUGCCAGUGGAAUUCCUAUUCCAGCAAAAACUUACGAACUCUUCUUGAAUGGAGGCACCCCUUAUGAAAAAGGUGUUGAAGUGGACCCUUCAGUAUCCAGAAGAGCACAUGGUAGCGUUUUCCAUCAGAUGAUGACAGCGAGAAGGCAGCCUCAGCUUCUCGUAAAGCUGAGAUCUUUGAACAGAAGAUCAAGGAGCAUGCUAAGUCUACUGCCGGAAACAUUAAUUGGAAGUAUGUGCUCCGUUCAUCUGUUGAUAUUUUAUCGCCAGAUUCUUGGAGACGUGCUCCUGAAAGACAGGAUGAGCAUGCACAGUGCUGAUUUAAUUAGUAAUCCAGUGCUGGCCACCUUCCCCAAGCUCUUGGAGCAGCCUGACAUAAUGGAUGCACUCAGGAGUUCCUGGGCUGAGAAGGAGAGUACAUUAAAAAGAUCAGAGAAGAGAGACAAGGAGCUCCUGAAGGCCGUGUUCCUCCUGGUUUACCAUGACUGCGCGCUCCCCCUCCUCCACUCCGCGCUCCUGCCCCCGUUCAGGUGGGCAGAGGAGGAGACCGAGGCCGCCCGAUGGAAGUUCAUCGCCGACUUCCUCAAGCAAAACCAAGAAAACGAGGGCGCCCUCCAGGCUCUGCUGUCGCCAGCGGGGCUCCAUGAACCUUUCGACAUUUCGGAGCAGACCUAUGACUUCUUGGGUGAAAUAAGAAAGAAUGCGGCCUGACAGCCGGUGCCCCUUGAACCUCCCACUUCCCGCUGAAUCUGAUAGACCCUCCGUGACAACCUGCAUCGCGUGACAAAACCAGAAGUAACUGUCCCAGCAUAACUUAGGCUUUGUUCUUUUUUGUUCAGGCCACAUUCUGUAAGAAAUAUUUAUCCGGUAAUUUGGAUAUGUGUUAAUACAAUGAAGUAAAUUUUUGUAAGGAACGCUAUUAUAUCUAAAUUUAAAGAGAAUUUUUUUUCAAAAACCAACUAACAAAUUUUUGUUUUGUUUUUCUUUUUUAUUGAGUAUAGUUGAUUUACCAUAUUAUGAAAGUUUCAGGUGUACAAUGUAGUGAUUAACA